CAAGGUGGUGUACGUGGCCAGGAAUCCCAAGGACGUCUGCGUCUCCUUCUUCCACCACUGCAGACUCAUGACACACGUCGACUUCCUUGGAGAUAUGCAGAUGUUCGUGAAGUAUUUCAUGGAGGGCCUCAUCGUGGCAACUCCGGUCAUGGAGCACAUGGUAGAGGCAUGGAAUGUGCGUCACCACCCCAACAUCUGCUUCAUCUUUUUUGAAGACAUGAAACGUGAUCUCCAAUCAGAAAUCCGCAGGGUAGCCGAGUUUCUGGGCAAGUCACUCUCGUGUGAGCAAGUAGAUGAGCUGGCAGAGCACCUUCAUUUUGAUAACUUCAAAAAGAACCCUUACGUCAACAAGGAAGAAGGAAAGACGGCGGGCGACUUCCAUGCAGAUCGGGGCGACUUCAUAAGAAAGGGAAAAAUCGGUGACUGGAAGAAUCAUUUCACGCCAGAGAUGAGUGAGAAGUUCGACAAGUGGAUGGCAGAGAAGUUAAAGGGCACUGAUCUUUCAUUCACCAUGGAGGAUGCGUGAAACAGGAUUGAUGUAGGACGUCACAUCAGUGCGUGAUCAUUGGUGUCCAGGACUUUAAAGUUCGCCGCUGGUUUUGUUCACCCUGUCGUGCUAUGAUGCGGAGCGAAACUGAAAUUGAAUUCAGGUAGGUCUGAAUACGAAUUGGAGGUUUUCAGCCUUUGGAGCUAUGAAAACUGAGACGGACAUUGGUCAGAAAUCCAGACGUGACCGCAUGUUUGAGGCCGUCGCUUGUGAGGAGGAAAGAUGGGAGAAAUACGGGACGGUGUUUAGGCACAUUCGAACAAGAUCUGACGGCGGGUGACUGAUUUUUUAAAGAACAGCACAGGUAGUUAUAUACAUAC